AAAGCUUGCUGCUUUAAGGGCCAUGAUCCAAAGGAACCAGAACAGUUGAGGAAGCUGUUUAUUGGUGGUCUGAGCUUUGAAACCACAGAUGAUAGCUUAAGAGAACAUUUUGAGAAAUGGGGCACACUUACAGACUGUGUGGUAAUGAGAGAUCCCCAAACAAAACGUUCCAGGGGCUUUGGUUUUGUGACCUACUCUUGUGUUGAAGAGGUGGAUGCUGCAAUGUGUGCUCGGCCACACAAGGUUGAUGGGCGUGUGGUGGAACCAAAGAGAGCUGUUUCUUUUGAUGAUCAUGACACAGUUGAUAAAAUUGUUGUUCAGAAAUACCACACUAUUAAUGGGCAUAAUUGUGAAGUGAAAAAGGCCCUUUCUAAACAAGAGAUGCAGUCUGCUGGAUCUCAGAGAGGUCGUGGAGGUGGAUCUGGAAACUUCAUGGGUCGUGGAGGAAACUUUGGAGGUGGUGGAGGUAAUUUUGGUCGUGGUGGAAACUUUGGUGGAAGAGGAGGCUAUGGUGGUGGAGGUGGUGGCAGCAGAGGUAGUUAUGGAGGUGGUGAUGGUGGAUAUAAUGGAUUUGGAGGUGAUGGUGGCAACUAUGGUGGUGGUCCUGGUUACAGUAGUAGAGGAGGCUAUGGUGGUGGUGGACCAGGAUAUGGAAACCAAGGUGGUGGAUAUGGUGGUGGUGGAGGAGGAUACGAUGGUUACAAUGAAGGAGGAAAUUUUGGUGGAGGUAACUAUGGUGGUGGUGGGAACUAUAAUGACUUUGGAAAUUAUAGUGGACAACAGCAAUCAAAUUAUGGGCCCAUGAAAGGGGGCAGUUUUGGUGGAAGAAGCUCAGGCAGUCCCUAUGGUGGUGGCUAUGGAUCUGGUGGUGGAAGUGGUGGAUAUGGUAGCAGAAGGUUUUAAAAAAAAAGCAGAAAAGGGUGAAUGAGAAAACCCUACUUGCCUAAAUGAGGAAUGUCUUUCCUACCAUCUUAAAUACGAAGGUUUCUGGCUGGGUAAGGUUUGUAGCUCACAGUAAAGCCUGAUGACAUCAUUGGUUUCCCUACAAAUCAAUGCCACAGUUUGAAACAUUACCCCCAUUAGUAGGUACAUUGGCAGAAUUGUUGAGCUCAGUUUUAUUUUGGGUACCCUGUUGAACAAGUUCUAAGACUUCAGGUGGUCGCAUUCUACAGUGACCAUGGGUAUUUAUCAUGAGCCAGGUGUGGUCUUUUCAUGUGUGUACAAACCCCACUCACUGUUAGCAUCUGUGGUAAAAUCAGCUUUCCGUAAGGGAAAGAAAGUCAUGUUGGCUGUUCAGAAAAGUUUCCAAUAAGCUGUUAGUUCCCACCCUUGGGAAAAUGGGGAUCUUUUACAAUUACCAGCAUAAUCGUCUUCCUCAAAGUUCUCUUGCAUAUCAGUUCAUGACUAUGGAUCAGUAGGAAGAGUCAGUUUUUAGUUGUGUCUGUCCAUUUCCUCAUCCCCUAAAUACACACAGGGUUUCACUAUUGUCCUGACCUGGAACUCAGUCCACCUGCCUUUCUCCCAAAUGCUGGGAUGAUUAAAGGGUGGUGCCUAAUUGUCACUCAUGCUCCUUAAAAAAAAAAAUCCAAAGAACAGUUGAGUUACUAUUCAAAUAGGUUGCUGAUUGUUCAUAAGGGCUAAUUUUUGCUGCCUUGAAAGGGCUUUGAAAAUUGCUUAAUUCAGGUUACUUUUUAAUAUAUUCUCAGAGGAGAAGUUUGCAAAAUACUGGUUACUAAGUUAGAGAUCUUGUUUUCCAUACAGGGAUGCCCUACAUGAUUUGCUUGGCAUUUCAGUCAGGACUGAAUUUACACAAACUAUAGUUACUAAUAAGUAAGGUAGCAGUCUUUCAAUGGUGAUUCCUUCUUCAUACAGAUUUGGAGAACUGCAUUUUUUAACAGGCAUUUACAUUUCAUUUCCUUUCUGAAAUAAAAUGAUUUUACUUAAUGUGCUUCCACUGUCGUUUCUGCAAAAACAUUUUACAUACAAAAGGUGGCUGUGCAAAACAGGAAACAAUUGAGGGUGACUGAUUUUGUUUGACCUGUAGGAUACUGCUCCCAGUUUACAUGUCAAAAAACUGCAUUCACACUUGUGUUGAAGAAAAUCAUCUGGUGGGGCUGCAGAGAAAUGGGCUUGGUUUUUGAGGGUUCUAUUAUGUUAUAAUCCAAAACACUUAAAAGGUAUCCGUAAUUGGCAUGGCAAGAGGGUAAGCAUGGGGAUAUCUGGGGUAAUGUGAGAACUGGUAGUCCAUCCAAGUACUCAGUUUUAAGCGUGAUUUACGACAGCAGAGGUGGUCUGUACUGGAUUCAAUUGUUUCAUUUGUAGUAUAAUGAAAUGUUACAGAGAUGACUUUUUCAUUAAAAUAUUUUUAGAAA